UGAAAAGUCCGCUCGCUGGUUGUGCGGUGAUAGGCGAUUUUUCACCCGUUAUAUCGAGUGGCGUACGUAGUUUAUAUACGUGCAUUUGGGAUUUUUUAACACCGUGUUAUCGAAGGGAAGGGACGAAACUUAUUCGAUUGAUGUAAUAAUUUAACAUACGUUGCGUGGAAAAACUAACGAUUGUAGGAGGGUGAAACUUACCCUGUAACGAAGUGUGCAAAAUAUUGUAUUUCUUGAGUGAAAGAAUAAAGUGCAAAAAGGGAAUAUCCGCCUGCAGUGAAAAGUGUUUCCGAAACCCGUAUAUUUAUUUAUUUUUUUUUUCUUGUUUGUUCUUUAUUUUCUGAAAUUGUGUCGCCGUUUCGCGAGUGCUGCGACGUUGCUACACUUUAUCAUCGCUGCGCAUGCAGUCGCUUCAACUGUUCAAGUGCAGGUGACGUGUAAAGCCGAAACGGAAACGGAUGAAACAACGGCUGGAAAGUUUACCCGCGGGAACGUGAAAACAUUAGUUAAAAAAAAAGAAAAAAAACGCGUGGAUGAUAAAAAAUUUAUAGAAACCAAAAAAAGAAAAAAAGAAAACAAACAAAAGCGACACCACCCACUGGGAUACCCAUGUAUAAUGCAACGGCACACCUUUGCGUGAAUAAAAAGUUUGGUUCGACCUGCGGUUUAAAGUGACAAAGAGCCAGAGGUUUUCGGUUACGUCCGGUGAAGAGCGACCGGAAACCGUUUUUACACGACCGGAGGUGCCUGCAGAGCGGUGAACUCUAAAAGUUUGAGUUUUCGUCGUAUCUUUUUAUACGAUGAUUAAUCGUGGCUUUUAAUGUAAUUUCGUCAUUUACGUUCUCCGAUGCGGAACGUUUUUGAUCCGCAGAAAAAAUCAGCGGUCGCACAAAUCGUUCAAAUAUAUAGGAAUCGAGUUGGAGUGCUCGGGGUAUUUCAUGCACGGUGAUAAAGUUUCCGGAGUGCAGUUCGAGGUGCGGGUGAAGUUGCUUGUUAAAGUUGACGACGAAAUUUCCUAAGCAAAAUGAUAAACUUAAGGUGAGAGUCGCGGAACGAACGCUGCGUGCUUUCCGACAUUUUCGUUUCAUCCCCCGUAAUCGUCUACGUUUCGGGGCAACUUUGGUGCACGCGGAUUAUCGCGCUUCGUUCAAAUUUUUCCCGCGCAACUUGCUGCAUCCUGCGGUGACGUCAUGGCCGGAAUUACCUCCAGUCGGAGGAGCACCAUCUCCACAGUUUUUCUCAUCCUGUCAGUACUGACGCAGGCACUGGCAGCGGAAGAGAAGCAAGUGGACACCGAGGAGGGAGCGACGAUAUUGUUACCGUGUCGGUUUACGCCACCGAGUCAAAAAGCCACGUACUUUUGGCUGAGGCACGCGCACGAUCAGCACGACAACGUCGCGGUGAGCGAAAACUCGCUGGCUACCGACUACGAGCUGUUCAACAAGCCGGAAGACGGUAAAUACGACCUCAAGAUCAGGAACGUCUCCUACGAGAGGGACAAUGGGAAGUUCGAGUGCCGAGUGAAGGUGGGAGGAACCGGGGCUGACCUCCACUACGAGGUGACGACGUUAACGGUUCUAAGGGCGCCGGGUCCUCCGGUGAUCUCACCUAUAUCGCCACCGGCAACUGAAGGCAAGCGGCUGGAACUCCAGUGCAACACCAAAGGUGGAAGUCCCGAACCCCAAAUUACGUGGUACCAGGUUGGGAGGAACGAGCCCCUCGGCAAAGAGCGGACUCUGGUCCUUACGCCGACGAAGGAAUACGAUCGGGCGAACUUCCGGUGCACGGUCUGGAACCGGGCCAUGUCAAAGGGCCACACCCUGGACGCGACGGUUACCUUGAACGUCAACUACUUCCCGCGGGUCACGGUUGGCCCUGAGAACCCGCUCAAGGUCGAGGCGAACGGGACCGCCACCCUUGUCUGCGACGUGGACUCGAAACCGACGGUCGGCUCGGUCAGAUGGAUGCGGGACAGCAGCUUCAUCGCGACGACCUUCCGCCACGUGAUACCAAAGGUGACACUACAGGACGCAGGGACCUAUUCCUGCCAAGCCGACAACGGGCUGGAACGCAAAGGCGAAAACUCACUCACCCUGGACGUCCUUUAUCCCCCUACGGUCGCCAUUGAAGGUGGCUCGAUCCGCGACGCCGACGUGGAGGACACCCUGACCGUGCACUGUAACGUGUCCGCAAAUCCGACACCAUCGAGCAUCGAGUGGUCCAGGGAAGGUCGCCCGGAGUUUCGACAGUCCGGCAACAUCCUUAGACUGACAAGAGUCACCGCUGACCAUGCCGGUAACUACACCUGCAGAGCCGUCAACAAUAUCCAUCCCACCGGUGGCGAGUUCAAGGAGCAUUUUGCAUCAGCUUCGGUCGUCAUUCGCGUUCGACACAAGCCAGGACCAGCCAGGGUCACUCCGGACUCUCCGGUCGCCGCUGAAGGAUCCCGCGUAAUACUCACCUGCAUGGCUAUUCCUUCCGGGUGGCCCGAGCCGCAGUACAAAUGGUGGAAGGAGGGCGAGAGCCCACGUGGUCUAUCUGGCGAAAUGUUCGGACCCAAGUACGUCAUCGACUCCGUUCAUCUGGGCAGUGAGGGCACCUACAAGUGUCUCGCCAUGAAUGAAAUCGGCAACGGAGAACCCGCUUACGUCAAACUCACCGUGCACCAGGAACCCAAGUUUCUUACCAAACUUCAGCCCCAUGUUACGAGAAUUGUGGGAGAGUCAUCGUUCUCGGUGUCUUGCACAGCGAAAGGUAAGCCAGAACCGAUCGUCCACUGGCUGAAGGAUGACGAGGAACUGACUGCGGGGACGGGUCUUUACGACGUGAGCACGAAGCCGAUGGGAGGAAGGAGCAACCUGACGACGGUGCAGUCGACCUUGAGUUUCGUGGGUUACUCUCGUCCGCAAACGGACAAGAUAAUCCCCAGUGACCGAGGCAAGUACACCUGCGUCUUUGAGAACGAGGUGAAGAAAGUCGAGUCGACGAUGAUGCUGAAGGUGGAGCACGCGCCGAUAGCCGUUCACCAGCACAACAAGGUCGCCUAUAAUCUCAAACAGACCGCAGAAAUCGCGUGCAAGGUCCAGGCCUGGCCCAAGCCCGAAUUCCAAUGGAGCUUCGGCACGAAUACGGCCCCGCUUCAGAUGUCGAGCGACGGUCACUACGAGAUCACCACCACCUUCGACAACUACGACGUCUACACGUCCAUUCUCAGGAUGACCGACAUCCGGGAGCGCGACUACGGUGACUACAAUUGCCGCGUCGCUAACGGCCUUGGAACCAUCAACUCCACCAUCCGUCUCCAGCCGAAAGGUGCUCCGGAGAAACCGACCAAGAUAAGCGCCAUGGACGUCGGCCCUUCCUACGUAGUCCUUCUCUGGGAACCCGGCUUCGACGGCGGGCUUCCGAACACCAAGUACUUCGUGUCCUACCGGCGAGCCGCUGGAGGCGACGAAGUCGUCGCCUCGGACUGUGCGGCACCCAGAGGACCGGCCGGCCAGUGGCUCGAGACGGACUGCCAAGGGUCGAAUCCCUGUAACGUGACCAGUCUGGACCAGCACCAGACGUACUCGUUCAAGGCGAAGGCCUACAACGCCAAGGGGGAGAGCGACUACUCGGAGGAGAUAAGCGCCACCACCUCCGUCGCGAAGAUUCCGUCGCCCCAGAGGGUUAGCUACGACCCGGAGGACGGGUCCCUCAAGAUAUACGUCGGGCCCACUUGUCUGGCCCUCGUUGCCGCCGUUGAGAAAUCCGAGGGAUCCGCCAACACUUGGAGGCUCGUUACCUUCUGGCAGCUCGAGGUACUCGGAAGUGACGCAACCAUGCGCGAUGGAAUUCUCGACCUCGAUGCUGCCGUCAACGAAUCUCCUCGUGUCAGGGUCAGGCUGUGUCUUAAAGCUGAUCACCAGAAGUGCGGAGAGUACACCGACGCUGAAUUCGGUCCGUCCUACAUUGCACAGUCCGGCACAUUGGCGACGCCAACGUUGAUCGCUUUGGUGGUAAGCGGAGCAGUUUUCCUACUGUUCGCAGCGUUGCUUCUGCUGUUUUGUCGAUGCCGACGAAAGCACGCGGCGAAAGCGAAGGACUACGAAAUGGACUCGAACGCAGUAAGGCCCAGCCUCGUCACCGGAAAUGGCCAGCAGACCCAGGCUCCGCCGCCGUACUACGCCGAGAAUAAGGCCCUCGAACACAGCCUGGACCUUGCCUUGGCUCUCGAGGAUCCAAAAAGUCCCGCCUACGCUCAGCCCGGCUACGGAUACCAUCAGCCGAACCACAACAUUAACGGUGAGAAUGGAGUGAACAUGGGCUACAUGGACAACAGCUAUUCGAACUCGAACAACGGAGGCUCGGUCAAUUCCCAGGACUCUUUGUGGCAGAUGAAACGGGCAGCUGCGAAUGGCGGAAAUCCUCCCUACGACCCGAUGCAACAUGGUGGAUACGGAACCACGGACCCUGACUACGCGACCUACCCUCAUCUCACUCAGCACGAAGAUUACAGGGAGAGUUACAACCCCAGCCGACAGGAAUUCUGCCCCGAUCCCUACGCGGCUGUCGUCAAGUCCAAGAAGCACAUGGACUCCCCGUACCACGACGUGUCGGGUCUACCGGACCCGUACCUGGAGGGUCUCGACGAGGACGCGAAGCCGCCACAGCACGUGAGUCUCUCCUACGACGAGAGUCUGGAGUCCGGAUACUCGACCCCGAACAGCCGCGGCCGUCGGGUGAUCAGGGAGAUAAUCGUCUGAGGACAGCCCACCGGCCCGCGAAACCCGCGGACCACCUGGCUAUAGCAGCGGGCCCCCCACCCCCAGCUCCUUGCCCGUCACCCGCAGCACCAGAUGGAGAUCGUGAUCGAGAAUCCGCGGGAGUCUUCUUCGCGGCACGCGCUUCCGCCGCCGGAGUACUUCGCGAGCCUCGCUAGCCAACGACUGCAGCUGGGUGGUGGGGGCCCGGAGCUGGAGGGCCCGACGCCCGUCAGACGCGUCGACCGUUCGGGCCUGCUGGAGAUGCCUGUCCCAAAUCGCCUCGAGGCCACGCCGCCGAGGCGCGUCGAUCGCUCGGGCCUUCUCGAGUCCGUAUCUGAGGUCCCAUCGACGGAGGACCGCGUUGCCUACGCCAAGGCGCGGCUAGCGGGGCCCGUUACGGAGGAGCGCCACCUGACGGGAGCCGAAAGGGGCCCGAAUUCGACAAUGACUUUGGGCCGGCUGAGGGGCCGCGAGAAGCGCGGCAACGCCGAGUCGAGAGCCGAGGAGGAGGGGGGCGGCUGCUUCGGGGUCGUUUCGAGAGGCAAGCCGGCCGUCCAGGCCCCGGACGGGCCCCCGACGCGACACGUCGAGCAAAUGGUCGCCAGGUUCAGUCCCGUUCGGACCCCGACGCCGUCGGAAUUAAAGUCGCGCGGAGAGGCGCUCGGCGGGCUCAGUCCCAGGCCCAGAAACGGGGACCGACUCGCGUCCUCCGCCGCGCUGUCCAUUCCCGACGUCAUCGAGGCCCACGAACCACCACCAACCAGCAAUGGGACCGGAAACGGGGGACCCAGAACGCCCGGAAGCGACGGUGCGCCCGAAGGGGAACGCGCGGAGGCCGAAGGAUGCGAACACACCGCCAUAGAGAGCCUUGAGGAGGGGAGAGUCUCGUUCAAGGGGCAGAAGAAAGUGCUGCAGCAGAACGAUAAUAGUAUACAGACACUUCGGGUUAUUAUAUUGUCGGAACAGUUGUGAUCGGAGGAAGGAUGAUGGGGUGGUUAGUGUGGUUUUUAUUUUAUUUUUUUUUUUGUUUUCAAAACUGUUUUUCUCUUUGUUGCAUGACGGUAGUAACUGGUUAAUUAAUCGAUCGACGGUGAAUAUCGAUUUUCUUCACCGUCGUCGUUUUCGAACUGGUUUUAUUGUUGAUAAACUAUUAACGCGAAUGAGGGAGUUAAAAGUAUACCUGUAAUAAUAUUAAUAGUGAAAACGAAUUAUUAAAGGAGGAGAAACAAAUGUAUAAUAUCUAAAUAUAGUAAAUCGGAGACAUAAAGAAGGAGGUAAAUAAAAAAAUACUGUGACGAUGUCUUAACGAUGAACUAUUUUACUGUUAAUGAUGAGCUGUUGUUCGCACGGUAAUAAGUCAUAAUAAUAUCAAUACACCAUGGUGUCGGGGGUGUGCGCGCAAAACCUUCUCGAUUUAUUUUUUGUAACAAAAUUGCUUUUUCAAGCUUUAAUGUUAGUUUCACGAGCACGGAUUUUUGAUGCGAAACAGUUACUUUGAAAAAUGUACGUCUUACGCCAAGUAUGUUUCAGAUCAUAUCGUAAAGUUUCGUGAUAAUUUUUUUUUUCCGAAACAACUCGGUCGCUCUCUUUUCCUUAUCUCAAUCCUCAGCUAAUUUUUGAACAAAAAAAAUGAAUGUGAAACAAAGUCAUUGGUAAUUUCUUGCAUUUUAUUCGAAAAAGAAUUUGUCUCGAAUUUGACAAGUUUUCGAUGCGCACUCCCGAUAAUAAAAUAACAUGUUAAUAAAUCAACAAUGAAUAAUUUCGGUGACAUAAAUUAUAUCGUAUCGUAUUCAAAAACAAGAAUAUAAAUUUAAAUUAACAAAUUAAGCCGAAAAAUUGAUUGUGAUUUGAAGAAGACGCACGUACCUAUGUAUAUAUAACUAAAAGAAUUGAGGCUGCAAUGUCGGAAACACGUUGGAAGAUAACAAAUUGUACGUUAUACAUAAAACUUGGUGCGCGUUGAUAUGAAAGUGAUUAUCGAUUAACUAUACCUAAUUCAAAUUAUUAUAUCGAUGGAAGUACCUACCUAUAUAAAUAUAACUAUUACAAUGAAAAGACUGCCAAAGCAGAGGCGAUAUUAUAAAUAUAUAUAUACAUACACAUAUUUUAAUUUAGUUUCUAUCAAGCGAUCGAAAAUAUGAUUAUCUCGUUAUUGUUGCGAUGCUGGCUUCUGAUCCAUAUUUUAUGUAUCUAAAUUCCACACGCUCUUUUCCCUCUAUUUUUGCGAUUUAAAGACAAACGAAUACUCAAAAGUUAUCGUAACACUGCGACAAUAUCAAUGGAAAUACAGACGCGCCUUUGAAAAUUGAAAAACAUGAAGCGAGAACGAUGACAAAAAAAAAGCUUCGCCUCACGGGUCACAGACUAGACGCAAAAAAAAAAAAAAAGAGAAGUCGUGCUCGCGAAAACGAUGAUGAGCGUCUAUCGAGAAAAGCUUUGACCGCGGUUCAGGUGAACAACCCGCAAGCUCUCAAGACUCAGCGCUAAGCUGCUCAACCAGUUAGUUUCGAAGUGACUUACUCACGCUAUUGGAGAGGGUAUCAGCGAAGUUCUCGCCGCAAACCCUUCACUUCCGGUUCCUGUGCCUCUUCUCGUUGACAAAUGCGUGUAAUCGCGUCUUUAGCACUUUGACUUCUCUUCUCAAACUAUAAUUAUAGUUCGAUUUUUUUGUCGUAAAACAAAGAGGCCGAUUAAUUUUUUUUUUCAUUUCGGGCAAAGUCGACUCCAGAAUCUUGAGUUUGCCCGAAAUUUUCAGCAUGUAAAAUCCUUAGUAUUUUUAUUAUCAUUUAUCAUCGUCAUUCCUGUAUAUUUCCCCGUCAGAAUGAAAAAUUUCUGGAAGCCAGCAAUUACGCAACGAUCCGUGAAAAUCCCGUGUAUUUUAUACUUUUAUAUCGUGAGCGAAGCUGUGAGAUUAUAACUGUGAAUAAACGUAUUCGAGGAAUGAUUGUGCAGAACGAUCGGUUGAUUGAUUGAUCGCGGUCUCGUUGCGAAUAAAAUAAAAUAUGCUAUUGCGAACAAAGCGAGAAAGUUAAUUACCGCGAGUAAAUGGAUGUGUAAGUAAAAGAAAAAGAAAAAAAAUUGUAUUUAUCAAUGUCACGUGAUUAUGUACAGUCUAUGUAUCUGAAUGUGGGCAAUAUAGUGUUUGUAUAUGUAACAUAUAGGUAUAUAUAUAUAUAUAUAUAUUAAUACGGUUAUUACGAAUUAAUACGAAUACGGUAGCUGCUACGACGAAACUAUUACACGAUCUCUUAUUAAACCACGAUCACUGAUAUAUACAUAUAGUACCUAUUUACAAACGCGUAGACAUUUAUACAACACGUUUCAAACUUACACUUACGCACGAUGUACGAGAUUAAUUCGAGCCGAAGCGAUGGAAUUUUCCUGUUCCUUGUCUCCUCGAGAUAGAUGACGAUUAAACGACGAGAGAAAACGAAUUUUCCGAGCCAUACCGACUCUGAAUCAUUCGCUUGACGCGGUUGAAUAUUAUACAUAUAUUACACACGUGUACCACAUUAUAUAUAUAUAUUUCAAAGUAUUUUGUGUAAAUAUUAUUACGUAAAGAGUAUAAAUAGGAAUUAGGGAUAAUACUUAAUUAACAAUUAAGGCUCAAUGUGUUCUUAAACCGUAUACUUAUACUUAAUCUAUAAAAAAAUUUUCACUAAAUCUCCCAACAUUUUACAUAUAUAUGCGCGUGAUUGUUGUGUCUCACUCACUAUUUUUCUCGCUCCGUUUCUCUCUUUUUUCUAUUUACACGCAUGUCUGCAUGCGCUUUGCUACGGCCCGAAUUAAUUAAUUAACACAUUAUGCGAUAGUGUGAAGAAACCUAGCUCGUCGACACAUGCUUGGAAAAAAAAGUAUUCGAAACACUGUUAUAUUCAGUACAAACCGUUUUCGUAUUUCAUUUUAUCAUUUUAAAAAAAAUUUUGCGGUUCUUUUCCGUUGGGAAAUCUUCAACACUCAUGACAUAUGGUAAAUUAAUUGAAAUUGAAAUUUUUAUCUCUGUUUUCCUUACGUUGUUAUCGAUGUAAGAAAAAAAAUUUUAAUUUCUAUCCAUUAUCGCGAUGUAUUAUAAUUACUCCGAAAAAUCGAACAAAGUAAGAUAAUAAAAUCAGAGAAUUAUUGUUUUACAUUAUAAUUUCUAUUGUUUUUGAAUCACCGUUGUAUUACGAAUGGUACGUAGGAACAAAUUGACGAAAUAUUAAAAAAAGAUUAUAUCGUGAUACUUUUUCAAACACGUGAUCUCAUAUAAUGUUAUUAUUAUAUAUUCUUCGCUAUUUACAUUACGGGGAAUGAAUUUUUUUCUUAUAUAUUCAUUUGUGGACGCAUAGAAGAAGAUACAAGAACGUUACUUGGUGCCGGUAUUUAUACUUAAAACUUCCCAAACAAAUUUUUGACAAAUCAACGGAUAAUAUUUUUGCAGACAACUUGAAAAAGCAGUGAUCAAAAAUUCAUGCAAAUCGAAUGCUAGAAAUUGGUUUGGAACUUUACCGCCGUGAAAGUCUUCUGAAAAAGGUAUGCGAAAGUAAGAAAAAUACGAGCAUCGGGUUCUCGUCUUAUCACAAACUGACAAAUGCGUAGUCGAGAGGAUGUCUUUGAAUUUGUGUUUUUUCAAGAACUUUGUUUCUCAUAACGAUAUUCACUAGGCAAUAAUACUAUUGGCUUAUAAUAUAAA